GUGACCACAGGAUGUAAACCUCGUGUAUAAACAUUGUAUCACUAUGGCAACAGACAAGCUAUUUUACAUGUUGUGGUUACAUCAAAGGCUUUCAUAUUGAGGAGAUCAAAGGAUGUGUGGGAACCUGGAGGAACUGAGCAGGGACCUCGCUCUCUCUUCAAUGCAGCAAUGCCCUGAGGAGUACAUCAAACAGACCCUCAUAGCUCACGGGUUCUUCAAGCGAUCCAAGAACACAGACUCCAGUAGCCAAUUGCUUGACAAGGACUCCAAGGAUGAGACUACAAAGAACGAGGUGGACGAUAAGGGAAAAACCCCUGGUGGUAUCAGUGAGGAGGACAAGAGACGGACGACCCAGCUCAUCUCCUUGGUGAAGGAGGGACGGGAGGUCCACAAACUGAGGGAGCCUCGGAGCCUCUACCCUCUCAGAGGGCAACAGCAGCUCUCUCUCAGGAACCUUCCACUCUGGCCUGCUGAGGUCUCCUGUGUCAAAGUGGAGCACAGGUUUGUGCGUGGGGUUCCCUCUAGUCCUGAGCGCUUCUUAAUACCAGAGAGUGAGGUUGUGUCUCCUAAAAUAAGGAGUGGAAAACAUGGUGGCACUGUCGUCUACACCAACCCUCUUGGGCAUGAGAAAUUUUUCACCAGUUCCCGUGCCGGCCCGACCCCCGGCCUGUACAGCCCCUCCCCCAAGUCUGAGUCUACCACAAUGCUGUUUGAAUCACGCUUUGAGAGUGGAAACCUGGCCAAGGCCGUACAAGUUGGGCGGUGGGACUAUGAGUUGUACCUCCGCUAUGACCUCUACACCAACAAGCACACUCAAUGGUUCCACUUCAGUGUCUCCAACAUGCGUGUGGGGCAGACCUAUCGAUUCACAAUAGUCAACCUGUACAAGGCUGGGAGUCUGUACAAUGAAGGGAUGCAGCCGGUCAUGUACUCUGUGAUGGAGGGCAAACAGACCGGUGUGGGGUGGAGGAGAGCUGGUAACGCCAUCAAAUACUUCAAGACCACUAUCAGAAGGACUGAUACGAAGCAAGAGGCCUAUCAUUACGGCCUGACAUGGUCUUACAAGUUUGAGCAUGACAAAGACACUUGCUACUUUGCUCACUGCUACCCGUACACCUAUUCUGACCUUCAGGACUAUGUUCAAAGAUUGUCAUCUGGUUCUAAAACCUCUGGCUUUGUGAAGGCUCGUAGUCUGUGUCAGAGUAUUGCUGGCAAUAGCGUGCCCAUCCUCACCAUCACCUCCCCCGUCAAGACCCAGGCUAAGAGCAGAGCCAAGAGAGCGGUAGUGAUAACAGCUAGAGUACAUCCUGGGGAGACUAACGGCUCAUGGAUGAUGAAGGGAUUCCUGGACUUCAUCACAGGACAGUCUCCUGACGCUAAGGUGCUGAGAGAAAACUUUGUGUUCAAGGUGAUCCCAAUGCUGAACCCUGAUGGUGUGAUUGUGGGCAACUAUCGAUGCUCUCUGGCAGGCACAGACCUCAACAGAAACUAUCGCUCCAAACUAGAGUCCUAUCCCACCAUAUUGGCUGCUAAAGCCAUGGUCAAAAAAUUGGCCGAGGAUCGUGACAUAGUGCUCUAUUGUGAUUUCCAUGGACACAGUAAGAAACAGAACGUGUUUAUUUACGGCUGUGAUGCAUUGGACAACCCUCGGAUACGACUCAAGUCACGAGUCUUCCCUAAGAUGCUCUCCAAGAAUGCCCCAGCCAUGUUUAGCUACAAGGACUCAAAGUUUAAUGUCCACAAAAGCAAGGAAAGUACAGGACGUGUAGUGAUGUGGCGAGAGAUGGGCGUGUCCAACAGCUACACUAUGGAGGCCACAUUCUGUGGGUCCUCACUGGGCAGGCUGGCGGGCACUCAGUUCACCAGCAGGGACAUGGAGACUAUGGGAUACCACUUUUGUGAUACUUUACUCGACUACUGUGACCCAGACCAGUCCAAAGUUGAGUCCAUAUUGCGAGGCCUGGAGCAAGAGUAUCGACAGUUGGUGUUGGACAGACUGGCAUCCAUGGGGAGAAUGGUACCCCCUGGAGUGGACCCACUCGAUCUAGCAGCUGACCUCGGCUCUGAAGACGAAAGCAGCGAUCUUGGUAGUGACAGCUCUGAGUCUGAUGGUCCUCCCGUUCACCUCCUCGCCAAGGAGGCACGUAAAAAGAAAAAGAAAAAGCUGAAAACACGACGAGAGCGUAACAAGCAUAAGGCUCUGUUGAAACUCACCAACACUUCCAUUAAAGUACCUGAGAGAGAGUCAACACAGCGACAAACAAUCUUGAUACCCACUGCUUCCACAAUAGAAGACUCUGUUGUGGUGUCCAGUAGUCAGAGGGACAGUGUGGCGGAGGUGGAGGGGCGUGGUACAACAAGAAACCAGACACGGAGUGGGGGAGUCCCCGUAUUUGUACAGGAGAGGAUUGACGAGAAACUUCGGAAACGUUCCGAGUCCGACCUCAUCAAGAGCCCUGAUCAUGCAUAUAAUAUUGAAGCUGUGGCAAUGGAGUAUGCACGACAGAGUGUGUUGGUUCAGGAGGCAGCUCAAUACCCUCGGCAAUCCCUCACUGUCAUAUCACGAUCAGGUGACUGUCCCAUCAGCAUCUCCUCCAUGUCUAUCUAUGAGAACAAGUCUCCAGCCAGACCCUCCAGUAGACUGGGGAACAGACCAUCUCUGCCACAACUAGGGGCUGAGGAUCGCACUACUGGAGGAGCCUUUGCCUCACAGUACGUGGCCCAUCAUCUGGUGAGGGAGUGCCCCUCUAAUCAAGGGGGAGACGGUGGUGGCAGAGUGAACCACACCAAAAGUCUGGCAAACCUCUCAAGACUGUUUAGACAACUCAAACAACAGCCAUUGCACUCGGAGAGAGUCAGGAACAAACUGCUGGGUUCCCUCCAACCAGAGGACAUGAUUGAUUCCAAUAUUAGUCCGACAGGGAGCAAGUUGCACAUGCCCAGUAGUAGAUUUAAGUUCCAGACAGAAACAGUGGAGUCCCCCACACUCAACACACACAGCCUCUCUGAUAAAUCUCUAAGUGGGUCGGAUCAAAAUAUCGCAGCGAAAAAAUUAAAAAUUGGGCCCACCACUCAAAUACAAAGCAAAUUACGGAGCAAAAAAUCCACAAAGUUAAUACUGAAGCCAUCUAUAACUAUCGAACAUUCAAAAGAAAGUUUGACAGUACAUGACAAGAAAGUUUUGGCAGAAGUUCGACCAGUGAAUGGUUUGAAGGGCAGUACUAGCCCCCUCACUAGCUCAUGGGAGAGCUUCAGUAGUCCUAAGGAGUUGUCUUCACGACAGGAGGAGAUACCUAAACUGACCGAGAGAUUACGAGAAGAGGCGGAUUCUCUUAUACAGGCAGAGGUGAACCCCAAGGUUCCAGAUCUCUCUGAGCCGGCCAUACGUUACGAUGUACUACUGAAGUCACUUGGAAUCAAACAACGGAAACAGGAAUCUAGUACACCUAAAUCAGUGUCUGCCCCCGAUCAGCGAGCCUUGUCUGUUAUCCCCCCUCUGACAGCCAACACUCACAUCAUGCCUCAAGACUGCAACUUAGCAGCAAAACCAACUUUCUUAAAAACCCACAGCAAUCCAGACAGGACCAGCAACACUCACGCAAACACUUUAGACAAAGCUAGCAGUUACAGAGGCAUGGAGAGGGACGCUACGUUUGUUAACAUGGACACUUCUAAACCGUCAAGUGUGGUGAGGGAGCACAAGAAACAAGUGGCCCAAGCUGUGGACAAGGUUCAUCAAAGGAGAGACACUACUAAGAGACGUAAGAAGCCCAAGGAUUUGGAUGAGUUGGUGAGAAGCCUACCAGAGCAUUUCCCCACACUGGAGCAGAUCAUCCAUGGGGAGAGGGAGGUGCCCGGGGAAGACUCAGUCCCCAUACAGCCUGCUGAGAGGUACCUACGAUCACAGCCAACAUCAGAUAACUACCUACCAGUAUCACACUCAAGCAGAAUGUUUUCUAGCAAGCCACCAUCAGGAUAUGAACCAAGGCCAAGACCAGAGAAUGGUGCUAGUCCAGCUACUGUGUCUCUGAUGCUGAGUAAGCGGCUCAAACCACGACCCUCCACCAUGUACUCCAGUCUACGCCCACGACCACUUUUAGUUCGCUACUACACCAAGAGAACUGACAAAUUAAACUGACAAAAUAAAUUGUAACUAGAGUUGUGUGUGUAUAUAUUUCAAUGUGUGUUUUUGUGCAAUCAAUUUCAAUUUAAGACAAACACAGGAAGUAAUCGUUUAUUCA